AUGCCGAUUGACUUGUCUACCUUGGAUCCUCAAGUUCAAUUAAAAAUGUGGAAGUCAGUUGUCAGAGUUUUUUCAGAAGUUGAGUGUUCAGGAACAGCAGUGGUUGUGGAUGAAACGUCGACGCACUUGUAUCUGCUGACGAACUUGUACAUAAGUCAAUCGGUAUCUGAGAUGCCACCCCCAAAUGAAAACAUGUUAUGGACGCUAAUGCUGCAAAGCAACCACGUCUUCACGGACGGCAGCGAUGCAAUUGUUGUCUAUUUUGGAUAA